GCAAAGUCAAUAAUAACAGCGAAGCAGGGGUAGUCGCCGCCGUCUUCAAUCGUAACUGAAUGAACUGUUGGCUUUGUAUUUUUGUGACACUGCUGUCGCAGAGGCUACAUCUCUUAAAAGAACAGAGCCAACCAAACAAGCUUCAGAUUUCGUCAAAAGCACAUUCACAAAGCGUUCUUGCAUUAUGUUAUUGAAGAUUAGUUGUAGGGAUUUUGUGUUUGAAAAUUGCAGUUAGGCAUAUAACAUUUCGUAGAUUUCAACUUACUCUUCUUCAACAUCUGUGUUAGUACUUAGAAGCAAUUAAUUAAACAAAAUUACAUUAACCAAUGAUUGCUUUUUAUUAACUUUGUCUCUAUGCUGACCAAAGAAAAAUUAAUAUUAUACUAAUUGCUUUGAUUAACCUUCCCCUUUGAUGUAUUUCCAGAAGCAAUUACUUCCGGCGAGUCAUCAAGUCGACGGUGAGUUCUCCACACUCAGAUUUCCCUUUCUCGAUGAUUAUGUAUAUGUAAUUUUGGGAUCAAUUUGAAACUUUGCUCCUCCUUAAGCGGUAACUGCAACUAUAAUUCGCCGGCGAGUCAAAUCAACGGAUUUCGUAUGGGUUUGGAUAGGAUCAGCGAAUUGACUGAUUCUCUGCUAACUCAAAUUCUCUCGUACCUUCCGACCAAAGAUUCAGUGAAGACGAGCGUUUUGUCGACGAGAUGGGAAUCUCUUUGGCUUAGUGUUCCUGUACUUGACUUAAAGGUCACCGAUUUCCCUGACGAAGACUAUGCGACCUUCAUCGACAAUUUCUUGGAGCUUAAUCAAAAAUCACGAUUGCAAAAGUUCAAAUUGAAGUAUGACGAGUACACCUACGACGAUGAUCGGCUCUCGGGGUGGGUUUGUACGGCGGUUAAUCGUGGAGUCCAACAUGUAGACGGUGAAGGUCUUGACACUGAUAUGUGUAUGAGAGAGUUCAUGCCUCAGGAUAUUUAUUAUAGCAAUACAUUGGUUUCUUUGAAGCUUGUAACCUUAGGAAUCCCGAAUCCCGAUCUUGCUGUUUCUCUGCCUUGUCUUAAGAAGAUGCAUUUGGAAGACGUUUGGUAUUUUGAUGAUCCUUUGAUAAUGGAGAAGGUUAUCUCAGGCUGUCCUGCUCUUGAAGAUCUUACAUUGAUCAGGCCUAUUGGUUUUUGUGAUAUAGACGCGAUGAAGGUUCUUCGCGUGAGGUCUCAAGCUCUUAAAAGGCUUCUUCUCACGUUUGAGCAUAGUGUGAGCUGUACAGAUUAUUCGGUUGAGAUUGAUGCUCCAAGGCUCCAGUAUUUGUGUUUUAAUGAUAACCAAUCUGAUGUUAGUGUUGUCAAGAACCUGACUUCUUUACUCAUGAUCGACCUUGAUACCGAGUUCAAUGUUCAGUUUGGCAGCAGUCCUUUGAAAAUGGAGGAUCGAAGUAAGAGAGAUAUUAUCCGUGAGUUUCUCACUGGCAUUUCAAAUGUAGAACAUAUGAUGAUCUCUCAGCCUACUCUUGAGGUCCUCUACCAAUAUUCUAACUUAGGACGUAUCCCUGAGUUCGUUAACUUGUAUCGUUUGGAAGCUGCCUUCUCUAGCUCCAUGUUACAAUUGUUACCAGUUUUUCUUAGAAGCUGUCCAAAUCUGAAGAGACUCAUCUUGGACUUUGCUGUUUCGGCUCAUCCAGAGCAAAUAAAACGUAGUUAUGUGCCUCCGUGUUUAUCGUUGACUCUAGAAUGUGUUGAGAUUAGGAAACUGAUUCUAAAGGAGGAAACUGGAAUUAAACUAGUGAAAUACUUUCUUGAAAACGCAGCAGUACUUAAGAAACUUUCUCUGAGUUUCACAGAUUCUUCUUUGACCAACCAAGAGCUAGAUAUCUACAAGAACCUGCUUACAUCCACUAAUGGUUCUCUCAAAUGUCAGGGUUUCGUUUAUUGAUAUGUCGGUGUAGGGAUCUUUUGUUUUGGAAAUUGCAGUUAGGCCUUUGUAUAUAUUAAACUUACUCUCUGAAUCUCUUAGUGGAUCGGUACAUAUAUCAAUCGUGAUCUUCAACAUCUAAGAUAUCGAUGGCUUUAUGGUGUUUUAAACCUGACCUUUCAUGUAUCUGGACGUUUAUAAGAGCCUUACAACUAGUAAACGUUCCAAGUUUGUUGUUUCUCUGACAUGUCUCAAUAUCCAUUGGUUAUGGAGAAGCUUGUCUCUCGUGAAGAUCUGACCAUGGUAAGGUCAAGGAACCUUGAUAUGAUACUGUGGUGUUUCUGCGUGAGAACUCCCAGCCUCUAAAGAGCAUUUUGUGAAAGUUCCAAACUCUCAAAGAGGAGACUGGACUCGAGUAUUUGUCUAAGUGAUGAUCAUUUUCUUAUAGGAACAUGGUAAUGAUUAAAGAAUCUGAAUUCCUUUUUCAAGAUCUAGGUGCUGUUCGUUUACUUAUCUGUCAUUUCCAUCUAAAUAGUUAAUCUAGAUAUACCAUCCAGAUGAUUAACUCACAUGUUGUUUGUUUUUUGGGUUAUUCACUUCGAUGAUUUAUUUAGGUGUGACCAUUUUCGGUUAGUCACUUGAUUUCAAAUUUAGAUGGAUCAUUUGAAUGAUUUUAAUAAAAAAUAACUAAAAUGUUCGUAAUAUAUUUAAUCAUAUUUUUUUUAUAGAGCAAUUUUCAUAUUUACAAAUACAAUAGGGAAG